AUGCCGGGCCUUUCUGCCACCACCGCUGCAUUCUCUUGCAUCUUCGUCCUUCUCGGCUGUCAGAGGAGCCUUCCUUUGGCUUCCGGAGCCACUGCCUCCACGCGGCGACUGUCGGACACGAUAAAUAUUGGAUUCCUAGCUGAAUAUUCCCAGAUGCGGGUGACCCUGGGCGGACUGCCACUCGCCAUCGAAGAUGUGAACAAGAACCCAAACCUGUUGCCUGGAAAAAAGUUGGACUUUAAGCCCGUUGACAUUGGCCACAAAAUGAGCGCCUAUCGCGUGAAGCCUUUGAGGGCGAUGACACAUAUGCGGGAAAUGGGCGUGACCGCGUUCAUCGGUCCGGACGAGAGUUGCACCACGGAGGCUCUGCUGGCAUCGGCCUGGAACACUCCGAUGCUUUCCUUCAAAUGUUCCGAUUCAAUUGUCUCGAACAAAAGUACAUUUCAUACCUUUGCACGAACGUUAGCUCCGGCCUCCAAGGUGUCCAAGAGUGUAAUCAGUCUACUGAACGCCUUUCAUUGGAACAAAUUCUCAAUAGUUGUCAGCUCGAAGCCCAUCUGGGGCUCGGAUGUGGCUCGGGCCAUUCAGGAAUUGGCGGAGGCAAGAAACUUUACCAUCAGCCACUUCAAACAUAUUUCCGACUAUAUACCAACCACAAAAACCCUUUCGCAGAUCGAUAAAAUAAUCGAAGAAACCUAUUCGACCACUCGCAUCUAUGUGUUCAUUGGGGAGCACAUUGCCAUGGUGGACUUUGUGCGGGGACUCCAAAACAGAAGGCUUCUCGAGAGCGGGAACUACAUAGUGAUUUCCGUGGACGACGAGAUCUACGACUCCAAUCGGAGGGUUAACAUUAUGGAACGUAAUUAUUUAGAUCCUUAUAUUAGAAAAGAAAAGAGCAAAUCACUGGACAAAAUCUCAUUUCGUUCAGUUAUAAAAAUAAGCAUGACAUAUCCACAAAACCCCCAUAUUCGAGUUCCCAUAUAUGGCCUACAUCUUUAUGACAGUGUAAUGAUCUAUGUUCGAGCUAUUACAGAAGUUUUAAAGCUGGGCGGUGAUAUUUACGACGGGAAUUUGGUAAUGGGUCACAUUUUUAAUAGGUCCUAUCACUCGAUACAGGGAUUUGAUGUCUACAUAGAUUCUAAUGGAGAUGCUGAGGGGAAUUACACAGUCAUAACCCUGCAAAACGAUGUGGGCAGUGGAACUUCUAUGGGAUCACUAGCAAAAAUGUCCAUGCAGCCAGUGGGGUUUUUUGCCUACGACAAGAACUCUUUAAUACCGGAGUUUCGCUACAUAAAGAAUGAUAGACCUAUCCAAUGGCUGAAUGGUCGCCCUCCGCUUGCAGAACCCCUUUGUGGUUUUCAUGGCGAACUGUGUCCUCGAAAGAAACUGGACUGGCGAUAUCUGGUAACAGGCCCAUUGUGUGCCCUCGUAGUUGUGGUGGCCAUUGCCCUGUUGAUCAAACAUUACCGGUACGAGCAGACUCUGGCAGGGCUUUUGUGGAAGGUGGACAUGAAGGAUGUAACCGUCAUUAAUCUCGGCGAAUACAACAACCCCACUAACAAGAAUAUUUUUCAAAUCUGCCGCCAGAGCAUUUUAGUGGUUGGGGAGCCCAACAAGCGGUCCUUUACAAAUAUAGCCCUCUUCCGUGGAAGUAUUGUAGCCAUGAAAAAGGUUCAUAAGAAAAGCGUGGAUGUUACACGCUCCAUACGAAAGGAACUGAAACUAAUGCGAGAGGUACGGCAUGAGAACAUUAUCAACUUCAUUGGAGCUUCCACCGAUCACGGGGCCGUGAUUAUCUUCACCACGUAUUGUGCUCGGGGCAGUCUAGAGGACGUUUUGGCCAACGAAGACUUGCAUUUGGACCACAUGUUCGUCUCUUCACUCGUCUCCGACAUCCUGAAGGGCAUGAUCUUCCUGCACGACUCGGAGAUAAUAUCCCAUGGCAACCUACGAUCCAGCAACUGCCUCAUCGACUCGCGCUGGGUCUGCCAGAUAUCUGACUUUGGACUGCACGAACUAAAAGCGGGGCAGGAAGAGCCAAACAAGAGUGAAUUGGAACUGAAACGUGCCCUCUGCAUGGCGCCUGAGCUUUUGAGGGAUGCCUACCGACCUGCUCGCGGUUCUCAAAAAGGGGAUGUCUACUCCUUUGGGAUUCUCCUCUACGAGAUGAUUGGCCGCAAAGGUCCUUGGGGGGAUACCGCCUACUCGAAAGAGGAAAUAAUUCAGUUUGUCAAGUGUCCGGAACUGCUGCAGCACGGAGUAUUUCGCCCAGCCUUGACGCACACCCAUUUGGAUAUACCGGACUACAUUCGCAAAUGCCUGUGCCAAUGCUGGGACGAAGAUCCGGAGGUCAGGCCCGACAUCAGACUGGUUCGCAUGCAUCUAAAGGAGCUUCAGGCUGGCUUAAAACCGAAUAUAUUUGACAAUAUGCUAUCGAUAAUGGAAAAAUAUGCCUAUAAUCUGGAGGGUCUGGUUCAGGAACGUACUAAUUUACUAUACGAAGAGAAAAAGAAAACCGACAUGCUCCUUUACCAGAUGCUGCCAAGACCCGUAGCGGAACUCCUAAAGCGCGGGGAUCCUGUAGAGGCGGAGUGCUUUGACUGCGUUACUAUACUGUUCAGCGAUAUUGUGGGAUUCACCGAACUCUGCACCACGAGCACUCCCUUUGAGGUCGUAGAAAUGCUAAACGACUGGUACACCUGCUGCGAUUCGAUUAUUUCCAACUACGAUGUCUAUAAGGUUGAGACAAUUGGAGACGCUUAUAUGGUUGUAUCCGGGUUGCCCCUUCAAAAUGGAAGUCGUCAUGCGGGAGAGAUAGCCUCGUUGGCUCUUCACCUCUUGGAGACGGUGGGAAAUCUCAAGAUCCGACAUAAGCCCACCGAGACUGUUAAGCUCCGUAUUGGAAUUCACUCGGGACCUUGUGCAGCAGGCGUUGUAGGACAAAAGAUGCCCAGAUAUUGCCUAUUCGGCGACACGGUGAACACAGCAUCUCGGAUGGAGAGCACUGGUGAUUCCAUGAAGAUCCACAUUUCCGAGGCAACCUACCAGCUACUGCAAUUAAUUGGCAACUACUCCUGCAUAGAAAGGGGUCUGACGAGCAUAAAGGGCAAGGGCGACAUGCGAACUUAUUGGCUGACCAACCGCCAGCAAUCCGAGCUUACGCCGGACCUUAUAAGCACCGUGGAUACUUUGGAUUCCUACUGCUCCAUGGGAAGAGAAACUAUGGACAAAACUGUGCACCAAUAUUGCAGUUCAGCGUCCAAUAACUACAGAUUGGGGUCCUGCAACUGCGACACGAAGUGUUUGUAUAGCCGUCGAUCAGACGACAAUGUGACUAAUUCUCACGGCAUCUCCGAAUUUCCGAAGACCAGUGAGCCGACGCAGGUUAACUGCAAUCAAUUAUGUGUUUGUCGGUUGAACAGCAGCCAAGUGUUCAGUAAUCGAAGUCCUCGAUCUGCCCCUAGCAUCACAUUUAGACUAUAAGAAUUCAAUUACAUUAUCUUUAAGAUAUUCGAUCAAUUCUAUUUGAAGUGUAGUGUAUACGGUAUCUGGCUAGAUUUACAUACUGGCGUCCAUUAAUGUUUACGUAUUGCAGAUUGCGCAACACUCCUUGAGUUCUAAAGCCGGACUGAGUUUCAUUUGUUGAUACAUAUGUUUAUUGACAUUUAAGAUCAGAUAAAAGUAUACAUUUUAUUUGCACAUUACAUACUUUUGUAGUCAAACG